AUUUAAUGUCACCGCUGCCGCCCGAAGGACGGCGGUGCGAACGAGCUCUCGUCGCCGCUGGACGGCCCUUCGUAGCCAUAGCAACCUUCCUGCACGCCAGCCGAUCACACAAGCAUCCUUCGAUCCAUCCCUCUCUGCUCGUGUCUCUCUCUUUCUGUGCGUCUCGUCUGAUUGCUGACCUUGGCCUGUUCCACGAGGUGGUCGCCCACCGCCCGCAGUCCGUCGAUCUGCUCCUUGAUAUCGCUGAACUGGCGCCGCAGCUGCUGAGCCGUCUUCAACACUGCCGCACGGUUGCACCCCGGGCCAGUCUACACACACACAACACCAGACCCGACAGCCAUUCAUUCAUUGAGGGGCGGAUGAGUGGGUGCGUGCGCUGUCCGGGUGCGGUGCCUGUUGGUGGUCUUCUUCCGUGUCUGUGGUGCCCCCCAAGACGAGGUCGGCCUUGUGCAGUUCGUUCUCGAGCUGUCCGAUCUUCAUGUGGGUCUCGUGGAAGGCCCGCUCGUUGGCCUGGCAUCGCUCCAGGUCCCCUCGCAAGGCUGAGAUCUCCUCGUGCAGGGCGGCCUUCUCGGCCAUGCACUGACGCAAAUACGCCUGCACACAGAGACAGAGACACAGAGACAUGGAGAGACAGAGAGGGAGGAUCGGUUGUCUGACAUCCACUCACGAAGGUACCUGUGCGUCAAGGUACUCGUCAGGCCUUUCUGGCCCCUCUAUCAGCUCUCUCCCACCCACACCACCACCACCCCUUUCGUCACUGUCAUACGCCUCUCCCCCCUCUCCAGGCUCUCCUUCCACCCCCACCUCACCCACGAUCUCCUCGCCCUCGCCCACAAGCCCAUCGUCCCACUCGUCAUAAUCGCCCACGUACUCCUCCUCCCUGCCCAUGUCUAUGUCGUGUCUCAUGUGUCUGAUGUCUCUCGGCUGCUGUGGAUACUGCUGCUGCUGUUGUGUGUGGUGCAGGCGCCAUCCCUGGUAGUCUCUGGGCCUGGGUAGGGGGAUGGAGGGGUACGUGUGGGGGUGGAGGGGCGGCCGGGGGUAGAGGGGGUCGCCCGGGGACAAGGGCGCGUGGGAGGUGUCAUGCAAAUCACGCUGUCAGCGGGAUAGAUGGAUGGAUGGAUGGAAACACAGGCAGAGAGAGACAGAGAUCGACCACACACACACACACACACAGACACACACGCCUCGCGGAUGUGGAGAGAUGUCCAUGCUGACCUGAUGUGCGUGUCUCUGCCUCUUGUGCGUUAGUCUGACUUACCACGGCCUGUUGGUGUUUCGGCUUCGGGCUAAGAAGGUUGUCCCUCAUAUACUGGGGGCCGGGCACAUUGGCGCUCAUAUAGAAGGGGCUCUCGUCCGUCGGCCGGCCGGCCGCCCGUGUGUGGGGCAGCGCAUUCCAGAACCUCUUGCACGGCCGCUCCCCUUCAUGGUCAGGGAUGCACGGACAGUACUUGGGAUGGACGUCACUGCGGGGCAAUGGCUCUUCACCCAUCGCCCGCUUCUUGUGGGCCUUCUGCUGCUGCGGGCGGGACGGGGGCGGGGCUGCUCUGCGGAGGGGCUCGGCAAUGAGGCGGGCGGACUGGUCUAGCAGGUCGAUUGUCACGCCGAUUUCCUGUGAAAUGCACACACACAAAGUUGGGUGUAAAAUGGCGCAGCGUGGCUGGACUGACCUUUUGGAUGUCGCGGACGUCAUCCAUAGAGCUUCGUUCCCUCAUGUCCUCGCCAUCCAGCCACCAUGCCAUCCCGCCAGGACGCUUUGAUGCAGUCUCCUCACACACGCCACCCUCCUCACCCCCACCACCACCACCACCCCCACCCCCACUCUCACCACCAGAAAGGCCACAUAUGCGCCGCCCGGCCACCUCUAUCUCACCCCCAAUACUCCGAAGCCGCGCCAGCUUCUCAACAACAGUCGAUCUCAACGCGCCGAUCAGCGCCUUGACAUGCGAGCAGUCUGCCAGCCGGUUCAGAUUGUCAGCGAUGACGUCCAGGUACAUGGCCUCCUCUCGGGCAUCCCAGAGUGACCGCAAGAAGUAGGCCAUAGCCGAGCUGGCGGCCGAAUGGAGGAGGGCGGUGCGUGCGCGUGCGUGUGUGGGAGGGGGCGAUGGGCGUGGGGGGGUAGGCUCGUUGUGGAAGGCGUGCUCGAGGAUCUGGUUGCGCCGCAUGAUGAUCUCGCUGAGAUGACUGAGAGGGGACAUAGAUGCAUCAAGGAAUGCGUUGGUGUCUUUUGCCGUUUGUCUUUGUCUGUCUGCGUCACCGACCGCUGUAGCUCGUUGGCAAGGCUGAUGAGAAGCCGGUCGAAGCCCGUGAAGGGGGUCGCAACGCCGGCCGGCUGCACACACACACACACACAGAGAGAGAGAGAGAGACAUGGAGACACAGAAGGGAUGAAAGCCCAAAGCCCAUAUAUCCUCUCUCUCUUCCUCUUUCUUCUCUCUCUCUGUCUGACCAAGUUGAAGUCAGCUCUUCUCUUGUACACAUCCGGCGGCCCCCAGUACCACUGCGGCACUGGGCCAGUCGGCCGCCAGAAGGGCACCAGCUCAUCUUUGCCGUUCUUGAUGUACCCCUUGGGCGCCCCGCGAGGAUGCACCUUCUCCGGGCGGUGCCACAGCGGCGUCCCGGCAGGACCCUCGCGCGGCGGGGGCUGAGGCGCCUUGUAGUGCCGUGUGUAUGGGGGUCGCUUCCUCAUGUCGUCCUCUCUCUCUUUCUUGUGCACUUGUAUGCGUGUGGUGUGGGUCAUGCGUGUGCGGAUGGGCGUGACCCGUGUGCCGAAUGAAGGCGUGACCAGCACCUCCUCUUGCUGUCGCUGCUCUGGGGGUGUCACCGGCCUUCUCGGGGGCACACGGUACGCGUGUGUCUGCGGCCGGGGUGCUGCUGCUGCCGGUAGUGGGGGUGUGGCUGUGACUGGUGGCUGGUAUCUGCGGACCAAAGGGCUCGAUUUGGUCCGCACUGGCGGCGGGACCGUCACCGGCCGAGAGACCAUCAUCUGAGGGGAGGAAACCGCACGCGACGGCGCCUUGUGUCUCACAGCAGCCGAUUUCGCUGCUGCCGAGACAGACGGAGGGGGCGAGCGAGGUGGCCACUGCCAAUGUUGUUGUUGUUGCUGCUGCUGCUGCUGGUACUGCUGGUAUGGCUGGUACUGGACCCUUGCAGGCAGCUGUUUAGGCGGGGACUCGGCCCUUCUCGCCUCUGCCUCCUUUUCCCUCCGUGCCCUCUCUGCCAUCAUUUUUUCAACCUCGGUGUCUCCCGAUGCGCCUCUCUUGUCAGUGGGCCACCGCUCCUGAAGGUAGUAUUCGGGCGAGUCGCCCCUUUUUCUGUCCUGGCCGAAGGGCGCCCGCUGCUUGUAGGUGAAGGUGUCCAGGUUGGGCCUGGUGAAGAGCUUCGUCUUCUCCAGGUCUCGGUACAGCCGCGCCAUGUCGCACUCUGGCUCCUGGGCUGGCCUGGUGCGUGCAUGGCUGGGUGAAUGUGGCCUAACCACCACCUGCCCGUACGCCUGGUCCUUCCUGGGCUGAACAGGGGGAGACCAGAUCUUGCUCAGCGUCUUGGCGGGAAUCUUCUUGCCCGGGUGGGAAGCCUUGCUCGGCCGCCUCUCCCUCCGCGACACGGUCACCUUGGCAGGCCCCGUCUCCUCGGCAACCGGUGCAGGGGGCAUGCACAAGACCUGCUGCUCCCUGCUGGGAAGUGUGGGAAGCGUGAAGUGCGCCACAGGAGGGCCGAUAUGCGGGAAGACCAUGUGUGCGGGAGGCGGGGUGGGAGGUGGGGUGGGCAGCGCCGGGAAGAGGUGUGGUCUCGGUGGGGGCGGGAGGGGCGGUCGAUACGGGAACAGCGGCACGGCAGGCGGCUGUGGAGGCCGGGGAAUGGACACAGGCAUAUCCACGCUCGAUGUGUGCCCCGUUGAAGCGGUCCUCUGCGGGCCAAACUCACCAACAGCAACUGGCGGCCGCACAAACACGGGGGGAGGCCGUGGAAGGGGCACGACACCAGAUGGAGGAGGCAGCACGUGGGGCACUGCCUGUGGCGGGAAGGCCGGCACUGACGGAGACGGAGCCAACGGCCUCAUGGGAUGGAUAGCAGAAGACGGCUGCAUCGGGACGAGUGGCGGGUGCGGCAUCGGGGGGAGGGGCGGGUGCGGCGCAGUGGUCAGCCGGCCGACAGCAGGAGGCGGCGUGUGGGAGAGGGUGACGGGCAUCGGUGGAGGCACCGUCACUCUCGGGGGUGGCGGGGGCGUGACGCUUCUCAUCUUGGUGGUGGUGAUGCUGACUUUGUUGGUGUGGCUCGUCUGCUCCGUCCCGUGAGGCGUGACCACGCUCUCCUUCUCCGGCAGGUGGAACAGCACCCGGCUCACAUAGCUCUCGGGAUCGGUCUCGAUGAACAGGUUGACGUCUUUGCCCCCCUUCACAUGGAACUUGCCCUGCGCGUGCUGCAUGACGAUAGCCCGGUUCGCGGCCGCGUCGAAAGCCGUCAUCUGGCCGUUGUUCGCCGCUGGAUAGGGCGGCAUUUGUUGCUUGUUUGCUUGCUUGAGUGACUCGAACGACGGAAAUGAGUGACCCUGAGUCACGGGAGAGAAGGGGACCGAAGAGAGAGAGGUGACAAAAAAGGCAGAAAGAGGCUUUUCUGGCCAUGCUGCUCACCUGAGACGACGCGCCUCCAGCCAACAAGACAGGCUGCGCCGAUCCCUUCGUCCCUUGCUCUCAGUCAGAGUCUUCAGCUCACAGCAUACGCAACCUCGCGUGGAUGAACCGUUGCCUCGCGCGUUGAUUGAGGCUCACAGACACUGCUGCGCC